AAAAAAAUGGCAUAGACUUGGAAAUUUCUCUUCAUUAUUCACACCCCAUCACCAAAUUAAAAAACCCCCAAAACUCACAAACCAACCAUCAUCAAUUUCACAAUAAUGCCACAAACACACCGCUUCCUUAUAACCAUCACUUUCCCUCUCAUCCUCCUCCUGCUAAUCCAAACCACCACCUCCCUCCAACAACCACCACAAUUCCAAGAGGCGCCCGCUUUUCGUAACGGAAAACAAUGUAACAUAACAGAUAAAAUACAUAUAGCCAUGACACUUGACACAACCUAUCUCCGUGGAUCAAUCGCGGGUGUAUUCUCUAUCCUUCAACACUCUACAUGUCCAGAAAACACUGUUUUCCACUUCCUAACCACCUAUCAUCUCUCCACGACCUUGCGCCGCACCAUCACUACUACAUUCCCAUACUUAAGCUUCUACAUCCAUCAUUUCAACACAUUCCUAGUCAAAAACAAAAUAUCAACAUCAAUUCGUCGAGCACUCGACCAACCACUUAAUUACGCUAGAAUCUACCUAGCCCAUUUACUCCCAAACACAGUUGACCGUGUAAUAUAUUUAGAUUCAGACAUAAUUGUCGUAGACGAUAUAAUAAACUUAUGGGAAAUAAACCUUAAUUCCCAUAUUAUUGGAGCACCAGAAUACUGUCAUGCAAAUUUCACAUACUAUUUCACAUCCAAAUUCUGGUCAAACCCUGCCUUUUCCGAAACAUUUAAAAGACGUGCACGCCCGUGUUACUUCAACACGGGCGUGAUGGUAAUCGAUAUGACGAAAUGGAGAAAGGUUAAGAUAACGGAAAAGCUAGUAAAAUGGAUGGAGAUACAAAAGAGAUACAGAAUAUAUGAAUUGGGUUCAUUACCACCGUUUUUGUUGGUAUUUGGUGGGGAAGUGAAAGGGGUUGAACAUAGAUGGAACCAACAUGGGCUCGGUGGUGAUAAUGUGAAAGGGUUGUGUAGAGACUUGCACCCGGGCCCGGUUAGUUUGUUGCAUUGGAGUGGGAAAGGAAAGCCAUGGUUAAGGUUGGAUUCCAAACGGGCUUGCCCACUUGAUGGUUUAUGGGCCCCUUAUGAUCUUUUUAAACAUCCAGCGUUAAUUACGGACAGGUGAAAAUUAAUAUUAAGUAAGAUUUAAUUAAACAUCUUUAGAGAAUAUAUUUUGUAUAAUUCGGGGUAGUUGGUAAGGAAUCAUAUACGAGUAAUAAGAUAUGUUUGAUUAUACAAUUAAAGUUGGUAACUUUAGUAGUGAUAUAUAUGAUGAGUGAAGUGUACAAAAGUUCGACAACUUAUUGAAAGAGUUUUUUUUUAAAAACAACUUUUGGUGUACCAAUUAUCGAUAGAUGAAUCAGUAUAUGAUAGAGUCUGAGACUGGGAGAUCUUAAAUUCCAAUUUUGGUGUUAGGAAAGUGCUUAUGGGAAUGGAGAAAAGAGUUUUCAUAAUCAUGAGUUUUCUCUUAAUUGUAGUCGAUUAUACGAAAAAACAUGACACUGAACUUAAUUUUGCCGUCUAGUGUACAAUCGUUUAACAUACACUAUUA